GUGCGGAGAGGCGGGAGGAGCGGUGGCAACAUGGCGCUCUCCGGGAGUGUGCGGGCUCCGGUGGCCGUGCUGCUGCUGCUGCUCUGCUUGGCGCCCGCGACCGCCGGCCGGCGGAGCGACGUGCGCGUGGUCACGGACGAGAACUGGAGAGAGCUGCUGGAAGGAGAGUGGAUGAUCGAGUUUUAUGCUCCAUGGUGUCCUGCUUGUCAGAAUCUUCAACCAGAAUGGGAAAGUUUUGCUGAAUGGGGAGAAGAUCUUGAGGUUAAUGUUGCAAAAGUAGAUGUCACGGAGCAGCCAGGACUGAGUGGGCGAUUUAUCAUAACUGCUCUUCCCACCAUUUAUCAUUGUAAAGAUGGUGAAUUUAGGCGCUAUCAGGGCCCGAGGACUAAGAAGGACUUCAUAAACUUCAUAAGUGAAAAAGAGUGGAAGAAUAUUGGACCCAUUUCAUCAUGGUUUGGUCCUGGUUCUGUUCUGAUGGGCAGUAUGUCAGCACUCUUCCAGCUCUCCAUGUGGAUCCGGACUUGGCACAACUAUUUUAUUGAAGACCUUGGAUUACCAGUUUGGGGAUCAUAUACAGUUUUUGCUUUAGCAACUCUGCUUUCUGGGCUGUUUUUAGGACUUUGUAUGAUCUUUGUGGCAGAUUGCCUUUGUCCUUCAAAAAGGCGCAGACCACAGCCAUACCCUUCCAAAAAAUUACGGCCAGAAUCUUCUCAACCUUUGAAAAAAGUGGAGGAGGAACAAGAGGCUGAUGAAGAUGAUGUUUCAGAAGAGGAAGCUGAAAGCAAAGAAGGAACGAACACAGACUUUCUGCAGAAUGCCAUCAGACAACGUUCUGUGGGUCCUUCCCUGGCCACAGAUAAAUCCUAGUUAAUUUUUAUAAAUAUCUUGAUAGGAUUUUGACAGAAACAGAAGGUUGAUUGUUUCUUUUCGUUUGAAGUAAACUGUGACUUGCUUGUACAUCGCUGGGUUCAGUCUAGAUUGUCGUUAGGUCGAACAGUCUACCUUCAGAAAAUAACAGUAGUACUACGUAAAAAAGUUUGAAAUUGGGUUUAAGAACAGCAUGGUGGUUUAAACAGUUUAAUUUUUGAAAAAUCUGGUGCCAAGCAAUAAGAUGUGUAUGUUUGUUUAAUAAUAACCUGUUUCAAGUCUGAGUUGAAAAAUUAAUUUCCCAUAUUGCAUUAUUGAGUUAUUUAAGGAGAUUACUUUGGAGAAAAAAUUUCUCAUUUGAUAUAAUUUUUUUCAGUUUCACUGUGUGAAAAAAAGAACAUCUUUCCCAUAAAUGGGAACUUUGCCCAUUGUCUCAAGAAAUGUGUAUUUCAGUGACAGCUCUGUGGUCCCUUUAGAGAUAGAGUCCAAAAUUUCCUCAUAUU